CAUUUGCAAUUUGAAAGGAUGAUCAGCUAACUGACCGAGGAGGAGGAAGCUCUCUCAUAUAUAGCUCAUGUUUUCAUGAAAACAAACGGCGCCCUUGUUUGCCUUUGACCGUUUAUUGCAUGCCUUUAUGCAUGACCGUACGUUAUUUCCUUUCCUGAUCCCAUAUUUGAUACGCUAACCAACCACUUCAACGACUUCAUGUCUGACAGCUGCUAAGAUGUCGCAGAAGAUUCACAGUUAACGGCGAUCGAAUUACACAGUCAAUAUAUUAAUUCCUCUUCCAAAUAAUGCGUUGCUUCACUUCCACGCGGGGUAUCCUAAAAUGGGAAGGACGAAGUCACUGCUAAGACUCGGAACUUCGAGGUUCAUGGCAUGACAUUUUCUUAGAUUACUGAGUAUAUAAGCGCCAGAAAAAAAAAAAAAAAAAAAAAAAAAAAAAAAAAAAACCUCAUCGGGCUAGUUGAGUAUCGUCGGGUACAAAAUCUUUGGUUUUUUUCUUUUGCCAUAUUGGAGAUUCUGGGUUUGUUGGAGAAGCAAAGUAAUGGCAGGAGGAUUGAUUGGAGAGGCUGCUCUGGGAGCAGUACUUGGAGAGGCAUUUUCACAGUUGUUUGAAACAGUUAAGGAUGUGGUAAACAAAGCCCGUAUGUUCGAAUCCAUUCUCGCAAACCUCCAAUCCACGCUAGCUUCUUUGGUGCCAUUGGUUGAAGAGAUAACACGUUUGAACAGAGAAGUGGGCCACCCAGAAGAGGAAAUAAAGAGCUUGAUCGAGCAAAUGAAGAAGGGAAAGAAGCUCGUUUUGAAGUGCUCGAAAAUCAGUUGGUGGAACUACUGCAUGAAAUCCCAGCACGCGACCAAACUCUGCGAGUUGGACAAGGACAUUGGCAGGUUCUUUCAGAUUGAUUUGCAAGCAUGGAAUGCGAGGAAUGUGUUGGAGACUUUGGCGGGGGUGAAUGCUAUCCGUAAGAAUAUGAAUUUGGCCGUGAAAAAUGGUGGGGUGUCAUGCGCGGUUCCUCGACCCCCUGAUUUUAUUGUUGGAUUGGAUGUGCAUAUGAAGAAGUUGAAGAUGCAGCUGCUGAAGGAGGAGGUGUCGGUGCUUGUCUUGACUGCUCCUGGAGGAUGCGGGAAGACCACAUUGGUGAAAAUGCUCUGUCAGGAUGAGGAAAUUAAAGGCAUAUUCAAGGAGAAUAUUUUCUUCGUCCCCGUCUCAAAAACGCCAAACCUGAAGGUCAUUGUAGAGAAACUAUUUCGUCAUAAGGGUUAUCAGGUGCCUGAGUUUCAGACUGAUGAAGAUGCAAUCAACCAGCUGGAGCAACUGCUAAAUCAAAUUGAAGGCUCUAUAUUGCUGAUCCUGGAUGAUGUCUGGUCUGGAUCAGAAUCCCUUCUUGAUAAGUUUGAGUUUAAUAUUCCAAAUUACAAGAUUCUUGUGACUUCAAGAACUGCAUUUCCAAGAUUUAGCUUUACAUAUAAGUUACAACCAUUAAAAGAUGAAGAUGCAAUGACUCUGUUUCGUCACUCAGCAGCCCUGCAGGAUGGAAGCUCUUUGAUUCGAGAUAAAGAUAUCGAAAAGAUACUGAAGGUCUGCGGGGGGUUCCCUCUGGCCCUUAGAGUGAUUGGAAGAUCACUCCGUGGGCAGUCUGCAGAGGUCUUGAAAAGUUGGGUGAAGAAAUGGUGUAGUGGUCGUUCUAUCCUUGAUUCUGACCGCGAUCUGCUUGUUUGUCUCCAGAAGAGCCUAGAUUUCUUGGAUAAUGAGGUCAUCAAGAAGUGUUUCCUGGACCUAGGUUUGUUUCCGGAAGACCAAAGGAUCCCUGUUGCUGUCCUCAUUGAUAUGUGGGCAGAAUUAUACGAACUAGAUGAGGAAGGCAUUGAUGCCAUUGCCAACCUACAUGAAAUCACUAGCCGGAAUCUUGCUAGUCUUGUGGUCUCAAGGAAAGAUGCAAGUGAUAUUGGUAACUACUACAGUGAAGACUUUGUCAUACAACAUGAUCUUCUCAGAGAGCUAGCUAUCCAUCAGAGCAACCAGGAGCCAAUAGAACAAAGGAAAAGACUAAUUAUGAACAUAAGUGGAAACAAUCUUCCCAAGUGGACAGAACAGAAGCAGCAACCUCUCGGCGCACGCCUCUUGUCUAUCUCAACUGAUGAAACGUUCUCAUCAAGUUGGUGCAAUAUCGAAACAUCCGAAGUUGAGGUUGUAGUUCUGAAUUUUCAAACAAAGAAUUACAAGUUACCUGAGUUUGUGGAGAAAAUGGAUAAAUUAAAAGUUCUGAUUGCCACAAAUUAUGGUUUCUUUCAUGCUGAGUUAGGUAACUUUCAACUACUUGAGUAUGUACCCCAUCUAAAGAAAAUCAGAUUAGAGAAGGUUUCAAUUCCUUCCCUUUGCAAGGCCCCAAUACGAUUGAGGGGUUUGAAGAAGCUAUCCUUGUUUAUGUGCAAUAUUGGUGAGGCUUUUAGGAGCUGUACUAUUCAGGUUUCAGAUGCAUUGCCAAAUCUAAUGGAGAUAAACAUGGACUAUUGCAAUGAUCUUGUUGAAUUGCCUGCUGGGCUGUGUAAUAUUGUCUCCCUUAAGAAACUUAGCAUCACCAAUUGUCAUAAGCUGUCUGCCAUGCCUGAAGAGAUAGGAAAUGUGGUGAAUUUGGAAGUGCUAAGGCUUAAGUCAUGUACUGAUUUGCAGGAGUUGCCAGAGUCAAUCAGAAGCCUUCAUAAGUUAAGCAUUCUUGACAUAUCUGACUGCCUAAGCAUUAGGAAAUUGCCAAAAUACAUUGGUGAAUUGCGUGAUUUGAAAGAGCUCCACAUGGAAGGGUGCUUGAGAUUGAGAAAUCAUUUGCCACCAUCUACUUUGGAUCUUGAGCAGUUGGAGCUUGUGACAUGUGAUGAAGAGAGGGCCAAGUUAUGGGAGCCUAUUAAGGACUCCCUGACUAAUCUAAAGGUAGAGGUGGCUGAAAAAGAUAUCAACUUGAAUUGGCUUCCCGUACAUGAUUUCUGAGAACUGUUUUUGUUUGGAAAAUGUGGAAGGUUGGAUAAAGUAUACCAUUCUCUUCCACUCUUUCUUUGCCUUUUGUUCUGAAAAGAGAAUGAAACUAAAGUGGGUUCGUACACCUAAAAAAAAAGGGUAAAUUUGUGGGACUGCAGUGAAAAUAUAAGUGACAAAUGGAGGAUUUUAUUCAAGUGAGUAAUACAAUAAUGACCGAGGGAUAUUUAUACAUACAGUGUAAGAGUAUAAGGAAAAUAAGAACGUAAGGAAUGUGUGAAUAUACAUUAGGACAAUUCCAAGAUUUUUUGAUUUGUCAAUUACAAGGCUUACACAUGAUUUCCUAA